ACCAAGCAAGGAAGCGGGACCAACAGCGAACCAUGGUCACUUCAUCAUGAACUGCUUUGGUUGCACAUGGAUUUUUCUCAACGGAAAUGUUGCAGACGGAAAUCUCUGUUCUCCAACCAUGAACUAACGUUGUUUGUUCUCAUUUUACCUCUUUUGUUCUAAAUGUCCUCAGAGGCUGGACAAUUCAACUACAACAAGACGAACAUGUGUUCCCGUAUAAUCUAAUUCUGUCUGAAGACUCUGAAGACUCAAGAUUCUGAAGACUCAAGAUUCUGAAGACAGCUAUACGGAUUACUAUUACUUUGAUCUGCCUGGGUCUACAGCUGUCCUGGAUCGGCCUGUAGUCAUUAUAGACCUGUGUUAACUGGACCUGUCCUGGAUCAGCCUGUAGUCAUUAUAGACCCGUGUUAACUGGACCUGUCCUGGAUCGGCCUGUAGUCAUUAUAGACCCGUGUUAACUGGACCUGUCCUGGAUCGGCCUGUAGUCAUUAUAGACCCGUGUUAACUGGACCUGUCCUGGAUCGGCCUGUAGUCAUUAUAGACCCGUGUUAACUGGACCUGUCCUGGAUCGGCCUGUAGUCAUUAUAGACCCGUGUUAACUGGACCUGUCCUGGAUCGGCCUGUAGUCAUUAUAGACCCGUGUUAACUGGACCUGUCCUGGAUCGGCCUGUAGUCAUUAUAGACCCGUGUUAACUGGACCUGUCCUGGAUCGGCCUGUGGUCAUUAUAGACCCGUGUUAACUGGACCUGUCCUGGAUCGGCCUGUAGUCAUUAUAGACCCGUGUUAACUGGACCUGUCCUGGAUCGGCCUGUAGUCAUUAUAGACCCGUGUUAACUGGACCUGUCCUGGAUCGGCCUGUAGUCAUUAUAGACCCGUGUUAACUGGACCUGUCCUGGAUCGGCCUGUAGUCAUUAUAGACCCGUGUUAACUGGACCUGUCCUGGAUCGGCCUGUAGUCAUUAUAGACCCGUGUUAACUGGACCUGUCCUGGAUCGGCCUGUAGUCAUUAUAGACCCGUGUUAACUGGACCUGUCCUGGAUCGGCCUGUAGUCAUUAUAGACCCGUGUUAACUGGACCUGUCCUGGAUCGGCCUGUAGUCAUUAUAGACCCGUGUUAACUGGACCUGUCCUGGAUCGGCCUGUAGUCAUUAUAGACCCGUGCUAACUGGACCUGUCCUGGAUCGGCCUGUAGUCAUUAUAGACCCGUGUUAACUGGACCUGUCCUGGAUCGGCCUGUAGUCAUUAUAGACCCGUGUUAACUGGACCUGUCCUGGAUCGGCCUGUAGUCAUUAUAGACCCGUGUUAACUGGACCUGUCCUGGAUCGGCCUGUAGUCAUUAUAGACCCGUGUUAACUGGACCUGUCCUGGAUCGGCCUGUAGUCAUUAUAGACCCGUGCUAACUGGACCUGUCCUGGAUCGGCCUGUAGUCAUUAUAGACCCGUGUUAACUGGACCUGUCCUGGAUCGGCCUGUAGUCAUUAUAGACCCGUGUUAACUGGACCUGUCCUGGAUCGGCCUGUAGUCAUUAUAGACCCGUGCUAACUGGACCUGUCCUGGAUCGGCCUGUAGUCAUUAUAGACCCGUGUUAACUGGACCUGUCCUGGAUCGGCCUGUAGUCAUUAUAGACCGUGUUAACUGGACCUGUCCUGGAUCGGCCUGUAGUCAUUAUAGACCCGUGUUAACUGGACCUGUCCUGGAUCGGCCUGUAGUCAUUAUAGACAAGUAUUAACUGCAGCCUUUCACUGGGAUCUGGACCCAUUGGUCUGUGAGUCCCAGCCAGUCCGGCCAGGAGAUGCAGAAGAACAAUAAGAAGAACCUGGUCCAGAACAUGGGCCAGCAGCAGAGAGCUCUAGCUUGCACAGCCUUGACAAAACCAGGCAACAACUUCGCGUUGCUCACAGAAAGUCCAUCCCAGCUCUACCCUCUAUCAGGUUGGGCAGAUAGGGCAGCCAGUGCCUUCGGUACCAUAGGCCGGGGAACCCCGUUCCUCUUCGGACCGUCCGCGGCUAUCCGCCUGGCCCAGAUCGAAGCCCAGCUAGCCCUGCACCAACUGAGCAUCAUCGCCGCUGCCAGUAACCACGGCAACCAGCAACGGGCCCUGCUCAACCUUCUCCAGCAAGCAGCUGCCAACAACAUCGCUCAGCCGCUCGCCCCCGUCAUGUACCAGCCUCAGCAACAGGGGCCACCCUUCAACAGGCCCAGGAACAUGCCAUACCAUCAACAACAACCGGGCCACUCUACGGGCGGCAACAACAUGGCCCAGAUGAACAGCUACCAGGCUGGUCAGUUCCCGCCGCAAACACGGCUACCCGAGGAGCUGGAGUCAGCGAUCUCUGUCCGUGUUCAGGGUGGGAGGGACGAGGACCACCGACUACUCAACCAGAAUACCCAGAUCCCCCGGCAGCACUGUGUAGAUCCCCGCAUGCACGGGGACGGUCGGGGUGGGAGUUCAGAGACUGCCUAUUCUAACAGCAACAACCUUGUUUCGCUCUCCUGCGAUGACCAGCAGAAUCAGAUGCAAGAUGUGGACUGGUCCAACUACCAGACUCCCAGUAAACUCUUUGGUCUCAAUCAGCAGCAGCACCUCCAGCAGUCCUCCCACUCUCAUGCUAACCCCAACAGCGGGCAUUCAGGAGGGGGCAUGCAAAGUUGGAAUGCUCCUGUUUCUCAACCGGCUCGUCCACAGGGUGGAAACAUGCAGGGUCUGUACGUACCUGAGAGCGCAGGCAGUAUCCUGGCCGGCUUCGGUUUGUCAAACGAUGACCUGGAGGUUCUCAGCCACUACCCUGAUGACCAACUAACUCCAGACACUCUGCCCUUCAUCCUACGUGACAUACAGAUACACAAAACAAACAGAAACACAGGCCCUCCUGCGUUCUCUCAAACUCUCCCUGCUAUUCCUAACCUGCCGCCACCGCUGCGUCUUUCUCCACCACAGCGGCAUCCUGCACAUUCAUGUCCGACCAACAUCCCAACUUUUCUGAGUGUGACGCAAACGGCGGGUAAAGUUAUCGACUACGGCCAUGCGAGUAGGGCGGCAGAAGAGGGUAGGGACUCUUACAAACGCGAGCUACCGUCCAAGGAGAGAGCGACGAAAACCGAGUCAAAGUCCACCGGUUCGUCUUUGAAACGUAAAUCUGAAUCCCCAAGGCGGCACGACGACUCUUCCGACUCAAAGAAAGACAAAGACUACAGGAGGCGUGCUCCAAUCCCCGACACUCACAAGCACAAAAGAACGCCCGUCAGAGAGCCGCCAUCAAGAUCUCGGUCGGAGCGCGAUGGGUCCAGAUCAAGGCCACAGUUCGAAGCCAGGAGUGAGUCGUCAAAAUCAACCAGACCCUCCGGUGCCAAACGCAGCUCAAGCGCAACCAAGAGGCUCCCAACACCCACCAUGAUAGGUGAUUUCUCGGCGGACCCUCCGAAGGUGUACCCCCACACCUGCUCCCUGUGCGACAUGCAAUGUGAACGGGCUAAGGACUGGAUCGAUCACGUGAACACAGUCAACCACACAGCUAGCUGCAGAGAUCUGCGCAACAAGUAUCCAGACUGGAAUCCAAAUGUCCCAAGGAGGGACCCGUCUCAAGGUCAGGAUGCCUGUGCCACCUGGCAGUCCCUAGAACGCUCUCCCUCCCGCUCAGUCUCCCGUUCCUUGUCCUGGUCCCCCUCUCCCACCCCCCCUCCGGACCGAAGCAGAAGGAUCUCUCCGCCCACCUCCCAUGGACACGCCCACCACACCUCUGGUCGGCACAGCCCCUCCCAGUCCCAUCGGGGUUCUGCCUCCAGUGCUCACAGGCCGGAGAAGAGAACCAGUGAAUCCUCAGGGAUAUCUACUGGGAGCUCCUCUCGAGAAGGCCUGAAGCGUUCCAGAAAUGACCCCGCCAACCGUGCGACUGGCCACGGCAACAGAGCAGGGGUUUCUGGGAAACACGAGUCCGGGAAACGUGAGUCCUAUUUGUCGUCCACCAGCAAGUUUCCGGAGUCCAUGUCUGAGAAGCCACAUCGCCCAUCUUCCUCUGCUUCCUCUAAGCCAGGCGCCAAGCCAGCGGCCGGGAAGGAGACCGCCUUAGGACAGGACUCAGAGCUCCAGUCCUCCAACGCGCCACAGAAGAAGCUGAAUCCAACGCAGCAGAAGAAGAAUCCUCCAGGUUCCUACUUGCUCUAUCUGUCUGGCCUCCCUGUAGAUGCCAAGUACCAGGAAGUGGUGUCACUGGUGCAGUCCUUCGGCAAGGUCACCAACGUCCUCAUCAUCAGGAACGAGGAGGGGGAUGAGAACCAGGGGCAGCCGCAAUACAGUAAAGCCACUGUUUGCAUGCAGAAAGAGCAGGAUGCUAAAGCACUGGCUGAGUGCCUCACUCUCACCAUACGGGAACACCCCAUCUCUGUCUCCGACCAGAAUGGUGAGGAGGAGCUUACUUCCUCCAUACCUGUCAUUAUAAAGGGAGAAGUGAUCGGUGCUCCCAAGACACCUGCAGCCCCCAACGAGGCCAACUUGACCGUCAGAGACCCAGAAGCCAGCGUUGGUCAGAAGAAUUCAAAUGAGAUACACAGGGAGCAGGUGAAGCCACAGAGGAAGAGGAAGAGGGGCUGUAGAGCGGGACAGCUCGAGAGACUCAAAAGACUACAGAGGGAAAACAAGAGGGGCAUGGUCAAGAUUACUGGACUUCCUGAAAGCGGCUGCUCCGAGAUUGAUAUCGCGAAGCUGGCCCAGCCCUUCGGUACACCUGUCAAGAUCCUCCUCAUCACCAAGCCCAGUGAGGCUCUGGUCACCAUGCAGGAUGUGGAGACAGCCCAGGAGAUGGUGAAAGUUUACACCGACAUGCCUGUCUGCAUCAACGACUCUGUUCUGAACAUGAGCCUGCUUCCAAACCUCCUGGUGGACUUCAACAGACCGGUGGCACUUUUCCAUUCAUUGAUGGGACCCAGGAAUCCUGUUAGUAAGGCGGAGGUGGGAGGUGAUGAUGACUGGAACCGUCUCCUGGUUGUCAGUAACAUCCCGGCCACGCCCUCCGGCCCAACAGAGAUCCAGAAACUGGUCCAGCGCUUCGGCACAGUCCAACAGACUCUGGCACUCAAGGACAAGAUCAUCUUUGAGAUGGGAACAGCAGACAUGGCCAAGAGUGUCUUCAACCGCUUCCAGAAGUUUCCCUGCAUUGUUCAGAACAACAAGCUUGCCUUCUCCUGGAAACCUGAUCCCAAGACUGAUCUACCUAAAGUCGACAUCUCCUCUGCCGGCUCAACAGCUUCAACUGAUGGCAAUGACUCCCAGACUGCAGAGACUACUAUGCCCCCUGGUGGCCAGGAGGACUCACUGUCUCAGUCAGGAUUUAAGGUGGAGUCAGGAACCGGGGUUGAUACUAAGGUUGAAGGACAGGAGGUUCAGCCAGGGAAUGAAGGGAUGAACGUUGAGAAAGGGGUUCAAGCCACAAAGUCUCCAGCAUUAGGAGGAAAGGAUCAAGAGAAGGAGCCUGAUGCAUCUUCCUUACAGCCAGCAGGAGUGAACCAGAGAGAACCUGGAGGUCAGGGUGGAGAGGUCGUCACAGAGAAAGUUGUAGACAUUUCAACAACGGAGUCCAAAGAACCAGUCUCCUCAGAUGCUACCUCCGCUCCUCAAGCUGCUAAACCAGAGACAGAGAAAAUGUCUGUUUCCAGUUCCACAACAGCCACCCCAGCCCCAAAAGUGAUGGCGGCCAUCAUAGAGGCCUUACGACAGGAGAGCAGGAACAGAUCCUCUACCAGGAUUACCACCGACCAGGCUGCAGCUGAGAAUCCUCCAGGUAAACAACCAAAAGAUAAGGAGACUCCAGAUGUUCAGGCUGCCCCUGCUCUACCCAGAGUGACCCCAGAGAUCCUGAAGGUGCUGCUGGAGGAGUGCAGGGUCCGGUCCACCAGUAGGGCCGGCGCUGAGCAGGCCAGGAAGGAGCAGGCUCAGGCGCCCCCUGCAGGCCAAAAGCCAUCCACUGGAAACCGAAGAGACCACAGUGGAGACAGGGAGCCUGGAAGAGAGCAGGCCACCAAGAGGAAGACCCGCGAGGAGGAAAGGGAGGAGAGGGAGAGAGCGAGGAGGGAGAGGGAGAGGAGGCUGAAGACCCAAGAGGAGGAGAAGGAGAAAGGAAGGAGGGAGAGAGAGAAGAGGCGGUCCCACAGGGAACGGUCAUCAGGAUCACCGGGGUCCAGGUCCUCUAUGAGGUAUGAGGGGAGCCGGCACAGCGGGAAGAGCGGCGCCAGGUCUGAGUCCAGGAGAGGAAACGGAGAGGAGAAACAGCAGGAAGAGGAGGAGUUAGGUGAGAAGCACGUCCCCUUCGACAUGGAAGACUUUGUGACUGUGGACGAGGUGGGGGAAGCAGCUGCGGUGCCCCGUCCUCUCCCCGAGAUAACCACAGAGGUGACCGUCAACGACCCUGUGACCACAGCCUCUGAGGCGGAGCAGCAGGCACCAGCUGACACUACAUCGAUGGAGUUGGAGAGUGAGCCUGGGACAGCCAAGGUACGGGAGGAAGCGCUGGACAAACGAGAACAGAAGGAGGAGGGGUUGUCCCCAGCAACCACAGAGGGGUCGGUGAAGACUGCAGAGGGACCUGGGGACGUGACAGAGGAGACAUUUCCUGACUGUCAGGAUGACAUCAAAGAGCCUGUGGUCACUGUGCCGAAGACCAUCUGCGACGAGGUCACUGAGGAGUCCACAACCACAGACGCACCUGCCGCCGCUGAAGAAGAGGAACGGGAUGGACGAGUGGAGGGCCUCAACAUGGGGACGUUUCUGACGGUGGACGAGGUGGGACAGGUGGAGGAGGACGGGGAGAAGAGGUCUGCUGAGAACGUGGUGUCUAAGCGAAGGAGGACAUCUCAGGAGGAGAGAGAGGAGGAGACGGUGAGGAGGAAGAUGAAGAUGGAACCCCUCUUUUAUAAAGACUACAGCAUCCCUCCCUUCAACCCUGACAGCCCUGUCGGCAUGGAGUUUCUGGUCCCCAAGUCAGGCUUCUUCUGCAAGGUGUGUUCUAAGUUCUAUAGCGGAACUGAUGAGGCUGAGAAGAACCACUGCAAGACCCUCAAACACCAUCAGAACCUGGAGAAAUCCCUGGAGAAGUGGAGAGUGAAGAAAGACUGACUCCGUGAUGAGCUGAAGAGUUAAAUAUUGACUGUCUGUGUCCCAACCACGGACUGGUUCAUUCCUGUCUUAACUCUUUUCCCACUUCCUUGUUUUUGUUUUUCUUCCCCAUGGGUCCAAUCUCACUCACUCUCUCUCUCGCUCUCUCUCACACACACACACUCACAACUAUAACUGUUUCUAUGUUAGUUAUUUUCCCAUGAUAUAGAAGAGGAGUGACUCAAUAGAGAGUAAUUAAAUUAGAAACCCGUGUACAAUGAAAAUAAAGUGUUUUAUUCAAUCGCCGUGUCUUUGUUUUGAAAUUGAAACCAUCCUUUGAAGACAUGUUUACCAGAGUCACCUUUUACCCUUAUUCAAUACAUCUUUAUUCAUCCCCACCAGGGCAAUUCUGUCUAUAUACUUACGCAUUAUCCUGAUUUGAAUACUGUUAAUUCAGCAGUGUGGUGUCCAUGCACACAAAGGGAAAUGUACUGAUUUCCAUGUUCAAGUCAUGCAUGGACCAUUAGCUUCCCCUAGCUAGCCACUGUGCUAAAACGGCUAACCUCCUGUUACCAUGGAAAUAUAUUAGACUUGGCUUUAGUUAAGGUAUCGCGCUCUUUUAUAUACUGUAGCUAUUUCAAAUACAUUCCAAUGACUCACUACUUCACUGCAACAGUUGAUUUCUGUAAAAGAGAAUUCUGUCAACAUAAAUAAAUUAAAA